CAUUCUUGACAUUUCUACAGUCUGACUGUGUUCUAAUCAUUACAGAAAGAAAAAGUAUUACUUCUGUAACAUGAUAUAUCAUUCUGAGAUGAAAAGGUAUUUGUUUUUUUUUUCUGGCAGACAAUAGGAUGAUUCUUAUCAGGAGUGCACCUGUAUAAAUAAGCUUUGGUUAAACUCAGCAGUCACACAGAGUCAUGGAUCGGUUGUACUUCUUCCUCCAAUUGGCGUUUCUACCUCUUUAUGAUGCUCAACCAGCUCCAACAGGCUGUGCAGGUCCACCCAUGCUGUGUUGCCCUGGUGCAAACAGCACCUGUCACAGGGUGUGUUACUGUGACGCGUUCUGUCUGCAAAAUAACGACUGCUGUUCUGACUACAGGUCAACCUGCACGCAAUCUUCUACCUCUGCGCCGCCAACCACACCCAGCACAACAAGCACAACAACCACACCCAGCACAACAAGCACAACAAGCACCACAAGCACAACAAACAUCAGUACUACCUCUAUGCUCGCAAAUAUCAGCACAACUUCAACAUCCACAGCCUCUGACACUACGAGUACAAACAGUACAUCUACACCGACAGAUAUCCCCCCGUCGUCGUCAUCCGCGGUCUCUUCAACAACAGCACCCAGUACAACAAGCAGCACUACUGCAUCAGAUGUGAGCACAAACUCGGUGUCCAUAGCGUUACCCACAACAACAACAACAACAACAACCAGCCAAAAAAGCAGCAGUACUGCAUCUACACCAUUAGAUGGCCUCACAACUUCAGCUUCCACAGUCUCCACAGCUACAGCAGGGACAACACUGACAGAUACCAGUACAACUCUGGAUACCAGUAGUGUCGUAUCUUUACCAGCAGAUGGGGGCAAAUCUGGGUCCACUGUUACCUCAAGCAAAGAUGCCCAAAUACUGACCUUUCGCCUAAAAGUUUCUGUUUUAUCCCAGAAUGAGGAAAACGAUGUGAUGUUAAAGGCUUUAUCUGAUUUUGUAUCGCAGAUACUUCUCCCGCAGAAUUGUGAGGGCUGCACUUCGACUUUCAGACACAUCGAACCCACCUGAGAAAGAGCCUAUAUGUUGUGAUACAUGUUAUUUAUUAUCAUUAUUAUUAUUCUUACUUAAUCAUUUUUGAUAUAUGUACAUGGAUGUCACUGAUGAAAAGUCACAAACAGCUAUUUAUUUAUUUACUCUUAGUUCUCUCUUUUUAUCAUUAUAUGAUGUUUGAUUGUUUACCCUGCCUACAUGCAGAUUGUUGUUCCCUCCCCAUUUUCCCAGCCAAUGGUGAAUCAGUUCCCAACUAGGGGAGGUUUUGAUGGAGGAUUUGAUCAGUUUGACUCUGAUGAAGACGCAGUUGGCGUCGAAACAUUAGUCUUCUUAUAAAGUUGAUUGCCUUAAAUUCGUUUGCUCCAGUGUGCUUUGGACCUGGUCUCUGAGGUCUCUCCUGUUACUAGGGCCUAUAGUAUGUUUCAGCCAGUGAAAACAUCAGUUUGGAUGCAUCAGUGUGACAACAGGCUGCACAACUCUCAGAAACAACACUAUCAUCCGUUAAAACUAAAUAAACUGUCAUUGCCUUUAGGUUA